UCUUUCCCUCGUCCAGAACUAUACAGCCGACUGCUCAAUCCCAGUUAUUGCGCCGCCGCCACUCCUAACCCUCGCCGCCGCCACUCCUAACCCUCGCCGUCGCCGCUCGCCGCCGACGCCCGCCUCCGGUCACGCACUGACGCCAGCUGAUGGGUAAGGGAAGAUCCAAGAACAACAUAUCACAGAAUGUGUCUAAUGUUUCACCUGUGAUCAUGGAAAAACCAUUAGGAAAGAAACAGACAAAUGUCAAUGCAAAAUCAAUGAUGAAACUUGAUCAUAUUCGUAAAUUGGCAGUUUGGGCUAGUGGAGAAGCUGCCUUACCAUCUCUAAAUGCUUUCUUUGGAUAUCGGCUGUCUGCUCUUACUGAAACUCUUGGAGCUUCUCAGGACUCGUCUUUGCUUCAGUGUCAAAGAUGCAAAUCAAUUCUCCAUCCUGGUGAAAACUGCACUGUAAGAAUAGAGAAGAACAGAGGUGGCAAGACAAGGAGACACAAAAAACCAGAUGUUUCUUCCACCCAGAACAGUGUUGUUUAUACAUGCCAUUUCUGUUCACAUCAAAACCGAAGGCGAGGAACUCCAAAAGGUCACAUGAAGAAAAUAUGUCCAGCCAAACCCAAACUUGUCAAAAAACAGGAGCCUUUAUUACCAGUUGUAGAAUUGGUCACAAAUCCAGACAGCUUUUCUGAGGUGAAUAAUAAGGAUAAUGGUGAAAUAGUUGUUGGUCCAUCAACACCAUUAGUGGGAACAAAAACUAUGACUUUGUUGGAGUCUAAACAAAGAAAGAGGAAUCGGUCGGGUAAAAAGAAAGCAACUGAAUCUGAUGACAAUUCAAAUGUCGUCGAUUUAGGGACUUCGAGGAAAAAGAAGAAGACUUGGACUAGUCUGAAGGAAAUUGCUGAGAGGAGUGAACAUGAUAAUGAUAUUAAUAACCAUAAAUUUGCUAAUUUAAAAAUCCCAUUCUUACUAUAAUCAGUGUAUUGAUUUUAGUUAAUUUAUUUGUAAAAAUACUUUAUAACAUUUUUUAAGUUUUUAGAAUGUUAUAUUUUAUAUUUUGAAUUCCCUUGUUAUGUAAUA